GUUUAUUUGCUUGUUUUAACGAUUCCAUUAACUUUAGAAUUGUUUAAAGGAUAGAGCUAUAAAAGGUUCCGUCUCAAUAAUGCCGGAUUCAGCCUCUUAUCCUGACGAAAAACGAUCGAACAUAAGACUUCAGCUCAACGACCAGAAUAUGGACGAGGACGAUACAUUGUUGUCUGACUUCUUCAGUGACCCUGACAUUGACAGUGAGUUUAUAAGUGAAGACAAGGGUUACUACAGUCUCAGGGACAGUUUUAAGGAAACCAUAAAGGAAAGCCUCAAGGGUAGAAAUAUCACCAACAGUUUAAACGGACUCGACAGUAUCAGAGAUACAACCUUCAAGGAGAAUUCUAACUCUGCUCAAAUCGGUUUCUAUGAAAAGUCCAUUUACUCUGCGGGAUCUGGGAGGAACGAAGAUGAUUGUGGGCUCCAGUUGCUAGGUGACGAAUUUCGUCUUCUGAGGGAAGGGAUUCAGAAGUCUUCCUCUGAACUGCUCUCUGAGAUGGUGUGUGCUAAUUGCUCCAACGGGAACAACAAGACUGCACUAGUGGAAGUUCCUAACGGGAAGUCUCCUCCGGUCUCAGAAAUGAAUUAUGAGCUUGACACGAAGAAGGCAGAGCGUUGGAAACCCUAUUCUAUUGUGAAGCUAAGUGUCAGUGGGAAAGUGUACGUUACACUUCGUAAAACCCUCACUUUCUUCCCUGACACUUUGUUGGGAUCAGAUGAGAUCGAGGAGUUUUGGAAUGAGGAGACCGGACUUUACUACUUCAACCGUCACCGAGGUGUUUUCAAUUCUAUUCUCUUUUUCUAUCAGUCUCGUGGCAUUUUCAGAGCGCCAACAAACGUUGACCCUGAUUUGAUGAACGAAGAAAUGGACUUCUUUAAGAUUGAUGUCGUGGCUUUAUUGGAAGUAGAAGACCCAAAUGCAGAAGAAGUAAUUGAAGUAAAACUGACAAUAAGAGAAAAACUUCAUACCUUUCUCAUGGAACCUCAGUACUCGAAAGCUGCACUAUACUGGUCCUUCGCGGACAUGGCAGCGAUAGUUGUAUCAAUCAUCAUGUUGGUAGCAGAAUCCGUGCCAUCAGCUACUGUGUACUUUGAAAGUCCGAAAAUAUCAAACGUUUACUACGUUCUCUACGGCAUAGAAAUUCUCGUUAACGGCUUCUUCACAGUAGACUUUCUCCUUAAACUUGUUUCAUGGCCAAAACCAUGGUUGUUUUUCAAAAGCCCGCUAAAUUUUCUAGACUUUAUGGCGAUCCUGCCAUUUUACAUGGAGCUCAUAGCAAUGAUGACAUCGAGUGGAAGCUCAGCCGGAGGAAAAUUUGUCGUCCUGAGGAUUUGCAGAACCAGCAGAGUGGUCAGAAUCUUCAGAUUUGCCAGACACUCGAAGGAAUUACUGGUGGUCAUAAGAGUGGUUCAUAGUGCCUCCAAGGAAUUUGCCAUGCUCGCCAUGCUCAUCAUGGUCUUCGUCCUUCUGUUCGGAACCUUGCUCUAUUACUCGGAAAUGGGAUACGACUCUGGAUACAACUCAAUACCACUCGGAUGUUGGUGGGCGAUCGUGACAGUCACAACAGUGGGGUACGGAGAUCUGGCACCUAAAAGCACUAUCGGGAGGCUUAUAGGGAGCAUAGCAGUUGUGCUUGGCAUUGUCAUUUUAGCCCUUCCCAUGACUGUGAUCGUUUCAAAGUUCAACGAGUCGUACGGUGACGUGAAGCGCACAACAGAACGCCAGCAGCUUAAAAAUGUUCGUGCUCACGCUAUUCAUCACGGAGCCAUUUUUUAAUACCAACUCAAACAUUUUUCGACUUUGGGUUCAUUUUAGUGAGUAGUUUUUCGUGUUUGAACGUUUUAUUCUUGAGAUUUUGUUAACGCAUUUCAAAGUUUUGCAGAUUGAAAAGUUUUAGCUAUGACAACGUAUUACGUAAAUUGUUAUCCUUAUAUG